CUGAGUUCAGGUCUCACCCUUGGAGUUCGCAUCUUCAUUACUACCUACCUCUUCCAUCGCUUUCCUCGGUUGAGAAAAAGAUUGGAUACUUACGGUUGGUUUUAUCACAAUCUCCCUGUGAAGGCGGCACGUAAUAGCCCCGCAACGGUUUCCACAGCCCCUGACGGAUUAUCCCUUCUAACAAAUAAAACGAACUCUCCUUUACGUCGGCGUCCUGUCAAUGCGAAUGGGCUAUUUACUUCACGCCUAGGGUCAAACUUCAACUUACUGGAGACUGGAUCACAACACAACCUUACGCAGAACAACGGAUCAGCGCUUGGGGUACAUAAUCUCGUUAAAAAAUGGUCAGCACCGAAUCUGCGAGCAACUUGUAAGGAUUCCACGGAUUGCUUGAAUGAUCAGUCCAGCCCAAUUCCUCAUCUUGGAGACGAAUGCACUACGAAGAUGACCGCGGACAGCUUUGACUCACUGAUUCUUCCCAUACCUCCACGUUCCACUCGUGCUGGCAUAUCGCCACUAGCUCUUGUAACGAAUAGCCCAGCACCACCACAAGAUCCUCCGCCAAGUGAGAGGACUUCGCUGUUGGAAGAGGAGAUUAUGACAGAAUCAUCAUCGCGACUCUCCUUCUACUCAAACGUCGAGGACGAGUCCGUGCUAGAAGACCCCAUGAUAGAGAAUGUACUAGCCUAUUUAAAUUUUCAAAAACAAGAAGCUAUACUCAAACGAAAAUUCCAACAGGAUGUAUCAUCGAUAAAAGCAUUGUUAUUUUAA